AUGUCCUCCGUCAUGCACUACUAUCCAGUUCAUCAGGCCAAGGUGGGCUCGUAUCAGGCAGUUCCAAAGGUCGUCAAAUACAGCGAUUUGCUCUAUAGUCACCAUCAUGUCACGAAUCCCAUCAGUCUGCCGCCCAACUACAACCAGAUGAACUCCAACCCCACCACCCUCAACGAUCACUCCUCGCAGCAACAGCACCACCAGCAGGUGUCCUCGGAUGAGAAUCUGCCUUCGCAGCCCAGCCAGGACUCGCAUAGGGUGAAGCUCAAGCGAUCCCGUACUGCCUUCACCAGUGUCCAACUUGUGGAGCUUGAGAACGAGUUCAAAAGCAACAUGUAUCUGUACCGGACGCGGCGAAUUGAGAUUGCCCAGAGGCUGUCCCUGUGCGAGCGCCAAGUGAAGAUAUGGUUCCAGAACCGACGCAUGAAGUUCAAGAAGGAUAUCCAGGGUCUUCGUGAACCAAAAGCUAAUGCAAAGUUGGCCCAGCCACAGGCGGAGCAGAGUGCACAUCGAGGAAUCGUUCAGCGAUUGAUGUCCUACUCCCAAGAUCCCAGAGAGAACUCCGCAGCAGCUGCAGCUGAAAACCAUAUCCAGAUUCCUGUAGCUCCUGUGGAUCCACAGGCAGUCUAUGGGCAAACCAAGAUCAAAACUGAAGUUGCUGCCGUCAACAACAAUAGCAUGUGCUCCAGCUCCGAUCUCAGUGAGAUCUUGGAGCACCUGGCUCAGACCACAACGGCGCCAACAAGCAGCAUUUCCAAUGCAGGAGCUACCAAUCCACCCAGCUCAGGAACGACUUCGACAUCAGGACACUAUUCCUACAAUGUGGACUUGGUCCUGCAGAGUAUUAAGCAAGAUCUGGAGGCUGCAGCGCAAGCAUGGUCAAGGUCCAAGUCAGCUCCAGUUUUGGCCACUCAAUCCUGGCAUUCUACUGUCCAAAACCAAAUCCCCUCGAGCGCUGUUCAUCCGGCUCCAUCAAUGAACUUGUCUUGGGGCGAACCGGCUGCCAAGUCCAGAAAGCUAAGCAUCUCGCACAAAAAUCCCAGCUUCAACUAUACCAAUUAA